GACAGCUGCCGCGCACCUGUAAUCACACUCCGCUGGUCUCUGAGCGCAGACCGACGACGAGUUUGGGACUCGGCUGGGACAGUGCAUGAGUUCUGUCUCUUCAGUCUCUGAAGUUCACAGAGACAACGUGCUGACUUCCCUUCACCUGCCGCCCCUCUGCCACGUCUGUGUUUCCUCACGUGGUGUCUUUAGUCCCGGUGGCCAGCGUCUCUGGCAGCGGGAGUUUCAGCCGUCUCUGCGGUAAACACGCCGCCGCUUCUCCCUGCCUGGAACCGGAACCCUGUCGUCCGGACUGGAGUUUCUGAACUGAGGGUCGAGGCCUGGAUUUCAACUCUUUCGCGCAGACAAGACACGCGGACGGACAUGUUGCCAAAGUCUCGUCUGGGGAAGCGUUCUCCUCUCGGGGCGUUGGUGAGCUCCACCUGCCCGGCGGCGGGCCAGGAGACGGGAGAGACCGGCGUAACCGCGGCAACGGCAGCAGGACAACAGCCCAUCGGCAGAGUCAAAGGCCAUCCCGGGCUGAAGGUGUAUUUUCAGUGUGGAGGAGGAGGUGAAUCUCCAGGUGUGGCGGAUCAGCUGGACCUCAUGCAGAGGGACGUUUCUGGCUGGUCUUCGUCUCAUCCGUCCUCCUCCUCGGUGCCUCCGUCCUGCGGCAGAUCGGUCUCCUCCUGCAUCGACGUCCCCCGAAGUCAGAGGAGUCCAGAGGAGGUGGAGAUGGACGAGCUGAUGGCAGCGAUGGUUCUCAGCAGUUUGUCCUGCAGUCCUCUGCUGCACAGCCCCGCCCACCCAGACACAGCAGCUCCUCCGAUGGACUGUGGAGGCGGCGAGCUCUCUGACAGCGGCAGCAGCGGCUACUGGAGCGUCGGCCACGGCAACGGAAGCCCAGCCCCGUCUCCACCAAUCGCAGAGCCCGCCCUCAGCCUGGCCACGCCCCCUGACGAAGGACUGGACAUGGAGCUGGAGCAGGUGCUGUUCGACGAGCCGGCGCCGCGGAAACGCAGGAACUCGGUGAAGGCGGCCUACAGGUGUCUGUGGCCGAGCUGCGGGAAGGUGCUGACGUCAGUGGUGGGAAUAAAACGUCACAUCCGGAAAACACACCUGUGCCGCGGUGCCGAACACGAGCGUUGUUCCCGCAGCGAGGAGGAUUUUUACUACACUGAGAUUAACCAAUGGGACCAGCAGCAGCAGCAGUGUCCUCCACUUCCUCUCCUCUUUGGCCCCGCCUCCCCUACCUACUCCUCCUCCCCCCCCUCACCUCCCAGCCCUCCCCCUCCCUCCCCGCCGUCUCCCCCUCCACCAGCCUGCAGCGCUCUGAGUCGCUCCGCCCCCUCCUCCUCCUCCGGCAGCUUAUUGCAGGUCCAAUCAGAGCACUCCUAUCAGGCUCCACCUCCCGGUCAUGUGAUAUCAGCAGCAGCUGCGAACACACCCUCCUGUCGUUGGACGGCCCCGCCCACCAGCUGCCUCAGACAGGGGUUGGCCGUGGGUUUGGCGUUUCGGGUGCGUUCGGUCAGUGUCGGAGAGCAGUGGCUGCAGCAUCAGAGCGCCCCCUGCAGGAGGAUUCGCGGUGAAGCCAAGAAAUGCCGGAAGGUUUACGGCAUCGAGCACAGAGACCAGUGGUGUACGGCCUGCCGCUGGAAGAAAGCCUGCCAACGCUUCCUGGACUGAGCCGAGGAAGAAGGAGAGGAAGAGGAGGAAAAACAAGGACUGGAGCAGGCUGUAAACUUCAGCCUCACCUGGUGGAUGCUUUCUGCUUUCUUAUGUCUGAAAACAGAAAUAUUUUGUUGUUUUUUUACUCUUUCUACAUUCGCUUUUUUCAUUUUGAAUGUAUUUUGUAGAUGUUGUGUCCUGUCAUUGCUUUUCGAUGAACAGAUUGGGGCAGCUAUGAUGUGACCUUUGACCUUGAAGCAGCCGAGUGAGUUUUAUGCGUCCGUCCGACUCUCCUCAGGUGCUCUUAACAAAACCAGCCUCUGUGUCGGGAUCCAUGUGUAUUCCAGUUUAUUAGCCAAUUCAUUUACAUAUUCAGUAACCAUGGAAACGCUCAGCUCAGGCCAGGAUUCGUUGUGAUGAAGGUUAGUGGGCUAGCCGGCUUAACUUUGGGCUUAACCCUGAGUUUGAGUUCUCACAAAGCUGGCUCCGGUUCAGACAGUGCUGACUAACACCAACAAGGAAAAAAGUAUUCCUGUUUAAGAGUCGAGUCCAAAAGACUUCCUGUCUGUCUAUAAGUCAGACUUGUUGUCAGCAUAAAUCACGAACAGGAUCAUUAUUCGUAUUCGUUUGGUGAAAGUCUCUCCCGGUAUUUCUUAUUUAUUUAACAGUCGUUCAGCGCAGCACCUGGACAACACGAGGCAGCUUUGUGACUUUCUCAACAAUAUGGAAAUAGAAAGGAUUCCCUCUGGAAGGCAAAGCUAGUUUACCGAGCUCAGAGCUAAUCUACAGAAUGAAAUACAUGAGUUUGAUUUACCGAAACGAGGUCCUCUAAGGGCCUCGUUGGUGCUGUACGGGCCCCUGGAUGAAUCUGCAGUCUGAACAUAAAGAACUGACUCAGGAGCAGCUUCGAACCCUGACACACCAAACUGGCCAUCAGGCGCCGUCGACUAUCUGUAGUUACUGCGGUGUUUCCGGCAUUUUGGCACGAAUCGGCCCUGUUGGAGGCCCGUCUGACGGGGCAGUUGGUUAGGAGCUGGAUGUACUGCAGAAUGGACUCGGACAGUUCUGGUAUAUUCUACAUCGCACGUCUUCACACAUUUGUCAGCGUGCGAGGUUGAAAUUUACGUCACUCGAACCUCUCGGGACGCGGAAGUAUAAUUUGUGCUUUUGAUCGGUGAUUUUGGGUUUGGGUUAAAUGUUAAUAAACACGCCGUGCUACAAGUCACUGUAUGAAACCAGACCAGAUCUUUGAGUGAACAUUUUACUGACAUUUCCUCAUUAUGUCAACAGGAUCCUGUCGGGUUUACGCUUCCUUCUAAACGUAUUAGCUGUUGAAAAUUAGUUGUAUAUAAAUGUAACUUCUGAGACUGUACUUACUGCUGGUCCUCCGUUGAUGUAUUAAAGCGUCACUUCACCACCUUCAAGAUCAGAUAAGACAAUCCUUUAUUGAUGGGUUGUGGUUAGUAUCAGUUUACAUGUCCUGGGGAAUCCUCCUCAGCCUGUGAACUGGAGGCGUGGAGUUUUACCAGGCAGGGAGGCUCUAAUUAAAGACACUAUCCAGGUGCAUUGUGGGAAACGUAGGCUCCAGUGUUUUUGGAAUUUGACUCAUACUAGGGACUAAAAGUCAGGAUUUUGACCAAUUUUUUUUGUCUGUGUCAUCGUCUUCCAACUUCAAAGGGGUGCAACACUUCACACUGUUCAUAUUUUAUCCGUUUGUUUCGUUAAAUGAAAGUUCGUUGUGUCUUUUCAAACACAGCAGAUUGGCGGAGGCGGGUAAACCAUACUUCUGCUACUCAUUUUUUCAGACUUUCCUCCGAUCUUUGCUUUUUUUUCUGGUGAAUAGGUGGAUACGUUCACCUCUUCACUCAGUAACACUUUACUUUCAGUCCCCUCUUUACCAUUCAUAAGCAGCAUAAACAGUUAGUGGUUUAUAACACACUAUAAUAUAAGCAGAUUUAAAUGUUUAUUCAUUAACUCCUCCUGUGGACACACAUAAGUGGAGGCUUCUGUAUGAACAGAUAAUUAUUGACAAUAAAACAGCUGUAAUGAUAUAAAAUGUUUUCAUAUAAGUUAUGUAUUAUUAUACAGUACUAAACACUUACAAUGUCCUUAUAUCUGCUUACAACUACAUUAAACACUUAAUAAAUGUUUAUAUUCAGCUUUAAGGCACCGAACAGGUUGGAAAUCACUGCUGUAGACUGUAGUCUUCGUGGUGCGUUCAAGUGCAGCGUUAAGACGCGUGGCGUUGGAUAGUCAGCGCUCGUUUUUUGUUUGUUUUUUUUUUAAAGGUGGCCUCGGUGUGUCAGGGCUCUGCUCCACAGACGCUCUGCAAAGAGUCACGCCGAGUUUUAUUUUAACGCCAUUAGUCAAAUCAGGUGUCAAAAUAUUUUGUCCUGUUCGUCUCAGCAUCUCAACUAAAUAUCAGACUUCACUGUAAAUAUCAGCAUCGCUCUGUUCCUCCUCUUUUUAAUUUCCCAUCAGCCCUUUCUCCACGUGAGCUUCAGUUAAUGUGUUUGUUUGGAAGCAGAAGCCAUUUCCACACGCAGUAUUGAUCAAGAGGUCUGUUUAACUUCAAAUAAAAACACACAAUGUUUUACACUGAAUUCUAUAUAUUUUAUAGUAUCUACUUCCCCCUGGUGUGUAUAUAUAUAUACAGAUAUAUAAAUACCAGGCCCGUAUAUCCAAUAAUGACUCUUCCUGAAACCUUUUUAAACGUUCAGAUUUCAGAUGUUAAACGUUUCUUUGCGGUAAACUGAGACAAAGAUUCUGUUUGUUUAUGAGCAAAAAAAGCAAAUGUUGAUGAUUGUAAUCAUAUUAUUUUUCAGAUGCACUCUUUUUAUACAUGGGAGAUCCUGAUGUUAUAAUAAACUGAAAAAGUUGGCUCA